AUUUAUUCUUAGUUUAUAAAAACUUUUAAGUCUAAUUUUCAAUUCUGGGGAAGGUAAUAAGUACUAACUGAACCAACAGAGUCAUGUGUUAACUUUAAACAAAUCGAAACUCAGACUGUGAUUACCUUUUUCCAAAGUGAAGGUAACCCUCGAAACAUUUGGACUGAAGAAAGCAACAACAGCAGCGAAACACAAUGGCUUCUAAGCUUUCAGAGGAGGAUUUCUCCUGUCCUGUGUGCUAUGAAAUGUUCAAGGAUCCUGUUAUUUUGCACUGCAGUCACAAUGUGUGUAAAGUGUGUUUGCAGCAGUUCUGGGAGACCAAAGCAUCCAGAGAAUGUCCUGUUUGUAGAAAAAAGUCUUUACAGACUGAACCUCCUAGAAAUCUGGUGUUAAAGAACCUGUGUGAGACUAUCUUACAGAAGAGAAGUCAGAGAUCUUCAUCAGUGUCUGAAACAGUCUGCAGUCUGCACAGUGAGAAACUCAAACUCUUCUGUCUGGAUGAUCAACAGCCGGUGUGUUUGGUGUGCCAGAGUUCAAAAAAACACAUCAACCACAAAUUCUGCCCUAUUGAUGAGGCAGUAACUGAUUGUAAGGAGAAGCUCAAAACUGCACUGAAGCCCCUACAGGAGAAACUGAAGAUCUUUAACGACUGUAAACUGAACUGGAGUCAGACUGCAGAACAUAUAAAGAUUCAGGCCCGACACACAGAGCGUCAGAUUAAGGAGGAGUUUGAGAAGCUUCACCAGUUUCUACGAGAUGAAGAGGCAGCCAGGAUCACUGCACUGAGAGAGGAAGAGGAGCAGAAGAGUCAGAUGACGAAGGAGAAGAUUGAGAAGUUGAGCAGAGACAUAUCAUCUCUUUCAAACACAAUCAGAGCCACAGAAGAGGAGAUGAGAGCUGAAGACGUCUCGUUCUUACAAAACUACAAGGCCACAGUGAAAAGAGCCCAGAGCACACUGCGGCAUCCAGAGGAGCUUUCAGGAGCACUGAUCCAUGUGGCCAAACAUCUGGCCAACCUGAAGUUCAGAGUCUGGGAGAAGAUGCAGCACACUGUUCAAUACACACCUGUAACUCUGGACCCCAACACUGCUCAUCCUAAUCUCAUUAUAUCUGAUGAUCUGACCAGUGUGAGACGUAGUGAUAAGAAACAGAAGCUUCCAGAUAAUCCAGAGAGAUUUGAUGAAUAUUUGUGUAUUCUGGGCUCUGAGGGCUUUAACUCAGGGACUCACUGCUGGGAUGUUGAAGUUGGAGACUGUACACGGUGGUAUGUCGGUGUGAUGACAGAAUCUGCUCAGAGGAAGGGAGAAAUCUACUUCAAUAGUGGAAUCUGGUGUGGGGGAUAUUAUGGUGAUAAAUAUAACUCAUGUGCUACACCACACCCACCCUCUUUCCUCUCUGUAACACAGAAACUCCAGAGGAUCAGAGUGAAGCUGGACUGGGACAGAGGAAAACUGUCAUUUUCCGAUCCGCUCACUAACACACACAUACACACUUUCACACACACAUUUACUGACAAAUUACUGCCAUUUAUAAAUGUGGCUUGUGAAAAAUCUCUUGUAAAGAUCAUCCCAUUUCAGUGCUCUGUAAGAGGGCAACAGAUAAUUUAUAGCUAUAACGUCAUUUCAAUUCAUUAAUUAAAUAUUGCUAAUUAAAUUAUUUUUAUUUGUCAUAAAUGUCUGUAUUGACAUAGAGCAGGUCAGAAUUCAUGACAUGUAUCAAUACAAAGUUAUACAUUACUGUAUGUGGUGACAGAUGAUAUAAUUUCCUGUAAUUUGGUGACAGAUGAUGUCAUUGUGAUAAAGAUAAGAAAAAACUAAUGACCAAAAAAAGAGAAGUUUGCAUAGGGAGAAUUGCAUAGUAUGGGGAAUGACAUAUUUUCUCCCUGUCAGGCAACAGUUUCUCUUCCAAAUCAGCAGCUCAACAAUUGAGGACACAUUUAUACAGUAGAAAGCAUCUAAUACAAAUUCUAGAACAUACACUUGACAGAUUAUGACAGCUGGUUUAACCAUUUUGCAUGUACAGAAAUAUAUAAAAACUGUUAUAUAAAAAAACAUUAAUGUUUUAGGUGAUAAGACUAUUUAACAGAUAUGUAUUAUACAGCAUACAUUUAGUUAAACAUGACAUAAGAGGCUGGCAGACAGUUGUACACAAUCUUUUACAUGAAUGUAUAAGAGCAUUUCUAAUUGGUUCAUACAAAUGACAAAUUGAUUUCAUGAGAUUAAGUUUAAAUGUUAUUUUGAGAAUUUGAGUUUUGAUUUGAGAAAUGUACUAAAGUGACUGAGAAAAACUGUAAAGUCUUUGAUCAAUCAAUAAUCAACCGUUUGGUUAAAAUACUGUGCGCCAUGUAUGUGCAUGUGAAGAUGACUUAGCAGAUGUCUGCAUAUACGUACACAUCAGCCUUUGGAGUAUAUAUAAUCCUGAACAUGAAUACAGUAUGUGCCAAAAUAUCCAGCACUGAAAUGAAAAGAUGUCAGAUAUCA